CGCCCGGGGCUCACCUCUAGCUCCGCCCGGUCCCAGUCCGCCCAGUAGUUUCAGCUGGGCCCUUCUAAGCUUCGGGGCUCAGUUUGACCUCCGCAUCUAGCCAUGGCGGCGGUGAUCUGGAGUCGGGCGCGGUGCUGGUGUCCGAGUCUCCAGCAGCUCUUUAGGUUUCCAGUGGCUCAGGUGCACCUCGGCAGACCAACCAUGAGAGCCAGUCAGCAGGACUUUGAAAAUGCAAUGAACCGAGUGAAACUCUUGAAGGAGGACCCGGGAAACGAAGUGAAGCUGAAACUCUACGCACUGUAUAAGCAGGCCACAGAAGGACCCUGUAAGGUGCCUAAGCCAGGUGUGUUUGACUUUGUCAAUAAAGCCAAGUGGGAUGCGUGGAAUGCCCUGGGCAGCCUACCAAAGGAAACUGCCAGGCAGAACUAUGUGGAUCUCGUAUCCAGUUUGGGUCCCACAUCUGAAGCCUCUAGCCAGGGAAAGCGUGGAGCCGAUGAGAAAGUCCAGGAGUCUAAAGGCAUCAUGGUAACCUCUGAAGAUGGCAUCACGAAGAUCAUGUUCAACCGGCCCACCAAAAAGAACGCCAUAAGCUUCCAGAUGUAUCAGGAUAUUAUCCUUGCACUUAAAAAUGCCAGCACAGACGACACAGCCCUAACUGUUUUCACAGGAUCCGGCGACUACUACAGCAGCGGCAAUGACCUGACUAACUUCACGAGUGCUGCUGGAGGGAUGGAGGAGGCAGCUGACAAGGGUGCUGUGGUCCUGAGGGAUUUUGUGAACAGUUUUAUAGACUUCCCCAAGCCUCUGGUUGCAGUAGUAAAUGGCCCAGCCGUAGGAAUCUCCGUCACCCUUCUGGGACUAUUUGAUGCUGUCUAUGCAUCGGACAGGGCAACAUUUCAUACUCCAUUCAGCCACCUCGGCCAGAGCCCAGAAGCAUGCUCCUCGUACACAUUUCCAAAGAUGAUGGGCUCAGCAAAGGCAUCCGAGAUGCUUCUCUUUGGGAAGAAGCUCACAGCAAGAGAGGCUUGGGCUCAAGGCCUUGUCACUGAAGUUUUUCCUGAAAGCACUUUUGAGGAGGAAGUCUGGAGCAGGCUGAAAACAUAUGCAAAGUUACCGCCAAACGCCAUGAGAAUUUCCAAAGAGCUAAUCAGAAAAAAUGUGAAAGAAAAGCUCCAUGCAGUUAACGAUGAAGAGUGCACUACCCUAAAAGCAAGAUGGCUGUCAGAAGAAUGCAUCAAUGCAAUCAUGAGCUUCGUGUCCAGAAAAGCAAAGCUGUGAAGACCCACCACAGCAGCUAGACAUCUCAGAGGAAGAAUGUGCUGUGAGUUCCAGUUUGGGAUACUUGAAUGACACAAACUCCACUGUGCCUUUCCCUUGAUUAACAGAGCAAUUUCGAUGAGAAUGCUUUACAGCACUGACAAAUAAAAACUUUCAUAAAUCUA